AUCUUACCAGUUUGAAAUGUUCUUUCGGUUUUAAUGUACUUUCGAUUUCAGUUUAAAAUCAAAGUAAAGACAAUGCAGGAUGCCAUAUAUACUCCUUUCCAUGUCGACCGGUAAAUCUGAAAAGUAUUCCAAGCAUCCGUCAUAUACUACAGAGGGAAAUAGUGAAAACAACAGCGCGUUUCUUAACAAUUUUCAAUGUGAAAACAUCGAGCCUAAAAGGAAAAUCUCAAAAUGUUGUUAUGUUUGCAUUUUGUCGAUUAUUUUGAAUAUAGUAUUAUUGAUAGCCGUGUCUACAGCAGGGGUAGCUUUGCUUAAAUCAAAAUCAGACGUUAACAGGCAGAGAAUAAAAAAGCCGUCGGAAGAUUUCAUACUUGUUCCGUGUGAACGAAAUCCUACAAAUGGACCGAGCUUUCAAAAUAUCCAAUACUGCCACAAAACAUCGGACCAAGCAGUAAGGAAUUUACUAACACUGUUUACUACAGAGUACAUCGGCCGAAGAAAUUUAAGCGAAGAGCAACUUUAUAAAGAUGAAAACCGCCCUGUUCUUCGACAAAAACUUGGUGAAUUAUAUUAUUUGUGGAAGAAUAACGCAUCAGAAGUAACACUGAUGACUUCGAAGCACACGAGAGAAGAAAGCCGCCACAACAGCAAAACAUCUUUGACAGUACAAUCUGAUGGAAGUUAUAUUAUAUAUGUGUCACUGCAGUAUUGUUUCAGAGUAAUCAACCAGACAUCUGAUAAUGGUAUAGUGUCUUUGAAGAUUGUUCGACAUGCUGGAAACAAAAACGAUGUAUUAUUUCACAAUGAUGUCCAUUAUAGGAGUGGACUUCUAUCUUUUAUUCCAGAAAAUAUCUUACUUCCCGUGAAUUUGGCAAAGGGUGACCAGCUAUCCUUGCACGUCACAAAUAUACCAAAUCUUUACGCAAUGAAAAUUAGCAACGUCUUUGGGUUACAGGAAAUCAGACAAUACUAGUUCGGCAAUACUUACACACAGUUUGACAUAGAACAUCCAGAUUUGCAGUGGUUCAUUUUAUACUGAACCUUCCUAUAAUUGUGCAGAAUGUCUGUAAUAAACGCAAAACAAUUUGAUUCGAUAUUGUACUACAAUGUAUAUGUCUUUAUUUUAGCUUUACGCCUCGGUUGUUACUUUUUGAUUGCGGGUUUGGUUUAGCUGCAUGCCCAAAGUUGUUGUUAUUAUAAACUCAUUGGCAAGCAAACCACAUAUAUAAUCUAUAAUUUUUUUAUAUAUUGAUUUACACGAGAGAUUUAUUUUUUAAAUGCACGUUUUGUUUUUUAAAAUUAAUCCUUAGCAAUUUUUGUUUUGAAUGUUCAUUUUCAUCGAUCCUCACUGCUUGAACUGUUACAAAAUGCACGCAUAAUAAGGAGAAAACAAUACUCUAAUUUCAUUUUCAUUUGGUUUUGUAUAUAAGUUCACUUAAAUCUCUAAUUGGUUGAUUAAUAUGUGUGAUAUAGGGUUCGUUUAAACUUAUUUCUUUAUUGGUCAAAAUAGAAAUGUUCUUGAAAACCUC